UCAUGCGUCACCUCCCACACUACUUAUUCUUCACGUCAACUAUGAAAAUAGUUCUGAAUGUAUAACAAACAAAUGCUAUUACAUUUAUUUAUCUGACUUUUUCGCGGUCUGUCAUAGACCUGCAAUUGCAUGCACAACAAAGGCUGCUUGGAGUCCGCAUGCAUGCUCGCUCGCUCUAGUUUAGAUCCCUCAAUAUGGAUAUAUUGCAUGCAUGUACGCUAUUGGGCACAAUGGGCAGUGGGAACAUUGUCUAAAAUGAUUCAAUUGAUUAUUGCAAAUUGUUAGUUAGUAGCUAGACAUUUGUAUCAACGUGUCAUGCGAAUAGCUAAAUUAUAAUCAUCCACUGUCGUUCAAAUUAUUAUAAAUAAUUUGCAAGUAUAACUGACACUGUUUGGUUCGCAUUCUUCACCGGCAUACGUUUCAGAUAGCCAGGUUCUAUUUUCCACGAAUGGCCCUGCAUGACUGACUAAUGACAGUAACCAAAUUAUUGUACGCACUAUAAAUAUCGUUUCAGAGUAACUAGUUACAAUGUGAAAGUUUAAAGUAUUUCUGUUUGUAUGAUCCAACUAACUUAUUAUGGAUAGGCAGAAUUGUGCGUAGUUUAUUUAGCUUCGCCGCAAUGGCUUAUGGGUGCAGUCAGCUCGAGCGAAACAGCAGGGUCUAGGUGUUUGGUUCAGAGGCGCUGCAGAAGAAGUAGACGGUAUGAAGUUUAAACAGCGUUAUGCUUACAAUACUUUGUCAUUAUUUAAUGUCAACAUAGCGCUAACGAAAAUCGAUUGAAAGUAUCUGAACUGCUGCCAAUUUCUACAUCAAUUUAUUUGGACACCGAGGAUGUUAUCUCUGGUUAGCUAACGCCUAUCGCUAUUAUUAUACAGCCACAUACGUAUCAAACAACGCCUGUUCAGUCUAUUCAAUUUCAGCGGCACAAUGAGUCUGAACGAGCAUUCAUUGCAAGCACUGUCUUGGAGGAAGCUUUACUUGAGUCGAGCAAAACUGAAGGCUUCCAGUCGAACGUCUGCUCUACUAUCUGGGUUCGCUAUGGUAAGGAAUAUACGCGCCCAAAGAUGCAUUGCAGCAAAGGUAGCAAUGGUGGAGGUUCAGUUGGACACAACCUAUCCUUACCCACCUGGUCUCCUCAUUGCAUUCAGUGCCUGCACCACUGUGUUGGUGGCCGUUCACCUUUUUGCCCUGAUGGUUAGUACCUGCAUCCUGCCUAACAUUGAGGCAGUCAGCAACGUUCACAACCUCAACUCAGUGAAGGAGUCUCCACAUGAGAGAAUGCACCACCACAUCGAGCUGGCCUGGGCCUUCUCUACAGUCAUUGGCACCCUGCUCUUCCUGGCUGAGGUUGUACUCCUCUGCUGGGUCAAAUUUCUACCCAUUAGGCCUAAGAACCACAACCCCAACAAUGGGACAAUAUCUGCAGGUGUGGCUGCUGCCAUCACCUCCACCUCUAUCAUGGUGCCUUUUGGCCUGAUAUUUAUAGUAUUUGCUGUACAUUUCUACCGUUCCCUUGUCAGCCACAAGACAGACAGGCAGUUCCAGGAGCUGGAGGAGCUAUCCAACCUGACCAGGCUGCAGAAUGAGCUGGACGGCAGAGGGGAGUCCCUCAUGCAAUCCCCCAGCUCUCAAUUCCCUUAAAGACUGACCACUCUGACAAGAUAGAUAUCUCUACCACAACAAUACUUUUGCCAUUAGUUUGACAUUUCUAUUAAAAACACAACAGAAUUUAUAUGAAAGUGUUGUGCUACUCACUGUUUGAAAUGUUCACAUUUCUAGAUUUUUUAAACUUGCAUAUAACUGCAAAACUAUGCCACUUAACGCAUGUACACAUUUUCAACAGAAAAAAAACACCACUGUCUUAACUGGCACUUGGAGCAUUGUAUUGUGAACAGUUUAAAAAAAAUCCAUUUACCUUGCAGGUAAUAAUGCAUGGGGCUGAAGAGGGCUCUCAUUAACAAUCUAUUGUGACAAGGUGGCUUGCUUUACUGUUAUGAGCACCACUGAAGGUCUUAUGGUGUUUUCAAGACAACUCUGAACCUCGCAAGUUAAAAUUUGCGUAGAGCUUCCUAUUGGACGAUUCUGAUAUUUUCGAAGUGGGAAACCCAUUCCUCAUCUUUCUACAAUGAGUUUCCAAGCAGGAAAUGUUAGUUCCGAGUUGUCUUGAAUGUGGCAUUACUUCUGUAAGAGGUGAAUAUGUUCUGUAUUCAACCUAAUGUUCUGAUUUGUACUUUUUAGAGUUAACGUUUGAUAUUAAAUGUAAUCGGCCUCCUUAAGUUAUUUGUAGUCCAAAUGUUACUGCAUAAACACAACAGUUUACUACUAUGUAAACAAUUUGUUAUUGAAAUAAACAUUUUGUACCGUG